UAAAAAUUCCCCCAACACAAGUAGUUCUUGACUCAAAACCCUUAAAACCCUAUACACCUCCAUUCUGCUACAACAAACCGACUCAUCAAUGGCCGAUUCAACCACAAUCAGCUGUGUUAAACACAUCGAAACCUACGUCGAUUCUUCGUCAUCCAGAUCUCCAUCUCAACAGGACGCAAGUUUAGAUGCACUUGCAAAGCUCUUGUUGAAUGAUAUCAUAACUCUCGAAUUACUGGUUAGAGAAAUGGAGAUGUAUUUAACUACUACCGACAACAUUAUUCGAGCUCGAGGCAUACUUCUUCUUGCAGAGCUGUUGACGCGAUGUUCAUCGAAACGUGUGGAGGAUAAAACCGUUCAUAGCUUGGUUGGAUUUUUUGCAGAUAGAUUGGCAGAUUGGCGAGCAUUACGUGGUGCUCUUGUGGGUUGUUUGGCUCUAAUGAGGAGGAAAACUGACAUUGGUGCAAUCAGUAGUAGUGAUGCAAAUGCGGUUGCUCAGUCGUUUAUGCAAAAUCUACAAGUUCAAUCUUUAGGACAGCAUGACAGGAAGCUCUGCUUCGAGAUUCUAGAAUGCCUUAUGGAUUCUUAUCCUGACACAGUGAUGUCGAUGGAGGAUGAAUUUGUUUAUGUAAUCUGUGAAGCAAUAGACGGUGAAAAGGAUCCACAAUGUUUGUUGCUCACAUUUCGUCUCGUGGAAAGACUGGCACAGUUGUAUCCAGAAUCUUCUAGUUCAUUAGCAAGCUAUGCUGAGGAUCUUUUCAACAUUUUGGGAUCUUAUUUCCCCAUUCAUUUUACACACCCAAAAGGCGAGGAUGAUGCGAAAAGGGAGGAGCUCUCAAGGGCAUUAAUGCUGGCUUUUGCAUCUACGCCCCUCUUUGAGCCGUUUGCCAUACCUUUGCUUCUCGAAAAACUUUCUUCAUCUCUUCCAUCUGCAAAGAUAGAAUCUUUAAAGUAUCUUACUUAUUGCAUGGAUAAAUAUCAUGGGAACGUAAUUCAAGAACAACAUAAACCUCUUUGGUCAUCGUUAAAAGAUAUAGUUUUGACUUCUGCACCAUCUUCUUUGACUGCGGGUUCAAGAUACGAGGAUAAUAAAGUUGCAGAUGAAGCUCUCGUUCUUGUACAAAAGCUUAUUCAGCAAGAUAACGACUCGGUUUCGUUUCUAAAAUUGAUUUUGAACGAUGCGGAUGUCAACAUGACUCUAAAGAACCUUUCAAAUUAUAAUAAUUACGAUGAUAUCGCAGUGACAGAUAAGCAAAGAUUAAACGCAGUUAGUCGAAUUCUACAUGUAUCGGCCGCAGCUUCAGUUGCUUCAUGUAAUGCAAUAUUUCAAAGUGUAUUCUCGGAAUUAGUUAAUGGUUUGCAGUCAACGAUGCAAGAGAAAGAUUACACUCCUGGUGGACUUAAGUUCGGGUACCUUUACGUAUGUGUUGACUUGCUUACUGCUUGCAGCACGUUGGUCAAACCGACAGACAAAACUUAUCUCGACAAAGAGACAUGGUGCACCAUGCUUCAUAGCUUCUGUCCUUUGUUAACUUCUUCCUUUGUUAAAACUAUGAAAGAAAGCACUCUUGAUAUCUAUACACAUACCGGUGUUAGGGGAUUGCAGAUUUUGGCUUCGUUUCCCGCAAAUUUCUCGCCUGUGUCAAAGUCGACAUUCGAGGAAAUUUUGGUGGAAUUUACUUCAGUUAUCACCCUCAAGUUUAACAAUGCAUCUAUUUGGAGAUUUGUAUUAAACGCAUUAGUCGAAAUUGGCUCGCUUAUCAAGAAAUCCGAUGAUUCUGAGAAAAUGGCAAGCUUUGAUGUUAUUGUUGUAGAGAAGAUGUUGCCUUUAUUGUCUUCUGAUGAUUUAUCAAUGCCGUUUUCACUCAAAGUUGGAGCGGUAUCCAAAAUUGGUAUGACUAAUUUGAAGUAUAUGCGGAAAAUUGUCCAAGAACUUAACACAGCUAUCUCUACCAACUUGCAAAAAUACUGGCUUGAUGGAAACUCAAACUCAGCUGAACAUGCAAUGCUCCUUUUGGAAUGCUACGUUGAUGAGGUGCUUCCGUGGUUUCAGAAUGUUAAAGAUAACGACAAUGUGCCUAUGCAUUUCGCAUUAAAAAUUUGGAACGAAAUAGAAGACAACACAAUGUUUUUUGACAGCCUCAAUGAUAAAAAACUUCUAGAAACAACAAUGAACGGAAUGAAGCGCGCGGUGGCAAGUUGUUCAGAGGACAGUCAAAGCACGAUUCUCGAUAAAGCCUUUAGCAUACUUUCAUCAAGCACAAGUUUUCAAGUCGAUGAAUCCAUGCAACCCGCUGAAUAUUCUUGUAGAGAAGAGUGGAUCAUCUCGUUAUUUGAUUCAGUAAUAAUAGCACUUCGUCCUAAAACGCAAGUAAAAAACACCGAAGAAAUAUUACAGAUUAUCACGAGAGCUCUUUCCAACGCGCAUAUUCCAUCCGCUCACGCGUUGGGAUCUUUAUUUAACAAGAUUCCCAAUGAUAGUUUGGAAGAAGCUAUGGAUAUUACGUUUAACAAAUACAUAGUGAGAUUCGCUAAUGGCAAUGGUGAUAAUGAGAUCGGAGUGAGCAAUUUAAGAUUAAGCAAUGUAAACGAUGGAUUAGUAACUUCCGAUGCUAUUGUCGUUGGGUUAGCUUGGGUCGGAAAAGGCUUACUUAUGCGGGGCCAUGAAAAAGUAAAAGACGUGAUCAAGUUUUUUCUGAAUUUUUUGAUUUCAAAUCGUUCAACCUCAAGCGGAAGCGUAAGUUCAUCUGAAGAUUGUGAUGACCUAACGAGAGCGGUUGCAGACUCGUUUAGUAUUAUAAUGAGUGAUUCCGAAGCUUGUUUGAACAGAAAUUUACACGCAACCGUAAAACCGCUUUAUAAGCAACGGCUAUUCAAUAUGGUGAUGCCAAUUUUGUUGGCAGCAAUAGUGAAAUCGGAUUCACCGAUACCUUAUAAAUCCAUGAUGCAUCGAGCUAUUGCACAUGUUAUAUCUAAUACUCCCUUGAGUGCUAUUAUUGGUGAAGCCAAGAAACUCAUCCCCUUGAUGGUAGAUGGUUUAACGAUCCUGAGUGAAGAUGGUAAAAAUCGAGACAUUGUUUACAACCUUCUACUUGUUUUAUCAGGAAUAUUGACUGAUAAAAAUGGUCAGGAAGUUAUUGUAGAAAAUACAUAUACGGUCAUCAUGUGCCUUAACAAACUUGUAUUCUACCAACACAUGAUGCUGGUACGUGAGACAGCGAUUCAGUGUCUGACUGCAAUGACGGAGCUGCCUUAUGCUAGUGUAUAUCGGUUCCGGCCAGAGGUGCUACAGACGUUAUCAAGAGCCCUUGAUGACCCAAAAAGAAGUGUCCGGCAAGAAGCCGUUAGAUGUCGACAGGCAUGGGCUUCAAUCUCAUCUAGAAGUCUUCAUAUUUGAAAGGGCUCAUCUUCUAAUAUUGCAAUGUACAUAAUGCAUGCGUCUAGCUAAUUGCUUUGGAGGGCAUCGGCGGCUGUCUGUUCAUCUCUUAUUUAUGUAAUUUUGACCUUUGAUUCUUUGUUUUUCCCAAACUAUAUUUGCGAGUGUUAGCUUGUGGCGGAUUUUUAUGUCAAAAUUUGUUAAAAUUUGUUGAACUCAUUCGCCGGUUGCAUUAUGACACUUCAUAUGUAUGAUAUGUGGCUAUGUGCCAUUUAGUGGACUUUGUAUUGUACUAAUGUUUGAACCUGUAGAUGUGGCUAUAUUUGUCUGUUA